AUGUUGGAAUAAAAAUGGUUUGGGGUGAAGUUACGAAAAAUGCGCCGAACUUUAUGCAUCCAAGUCAUAGGCUGAGAGUAUUGGCCCAAGUAGCCUCUGCUGUUGAAACUACGAAAACUGUGCUAACUUAUCGAUUUAUGACAGAAAUUGGUGGGCAGGUGAAGGUAUUUGUUGAAAAGAAAAAUAACAAGUAUGUAGUGUACAUUGAAGUUUCAUCCUUGCAACUUUGUGCCAUCGAGGGUGACCUGGUUAUGAUUUGGGGCAUAUUCAGGUCUGAUUCAUCGUGUUUCAUGCCUGUGGAUAUUCCAAACGCUGGUUCAAAUGACAAAUCCAGUACCACUGAAACACCACUUGUACAAAAAUCUUUGGACGGGCUUGCAGUUGAGUUGGAUUUUGAUGCGAGUUUAGCCCCUUUCUAUGUUUCAUUUCUAUUGAAGUCUCCAGUGGCUGGUGAUUCGAAAAGCUCAGAAAUUAAAAGCCAUAUGAAGGCAAAUUUUUGUGUUCCAGUUGGUUUCCAUUCAGGGCAUCCUGCUCCAUUAGGUCUUUCCUUUUCAGCUGAUGGUUCCAUGAAUUUUGCCCUUUUUUCACGAAGUGCAAAGAGUGUAAUUUUGUGCCUGUAUGACGACGCCAUGGCAGAUAAGCCUGCUUUAGAGAUUGAUCUAGACCCAUAUGUCAAUCGAUCAGGUCACAUUUGGCAUGCUUCAAUGGAUAGUAACAUGCCCUUUGUGAGCUAUGGUUAUCGGUGCAAGGGGGCUGUUCAAGAAGGAAGAGAUAAAUCCAAUUCACAGCAUGUUCUGUUGGAUCCAUAUGCUAAGACUAUCGAGGAUUUCAUUCCUGUUCAGCAUGGGUCUGGUGUACAUCUCAGAUGUCUUGGAAAACUGUGCAAAGAACCUGCUUUUGAUUGGACUGGUGAUGUUCGACCUUGCUUAUCGAUGGAGAAACUAGUGAUUUAUCGGUUAAGUGUGAGGCGUUUUACGGAAGACAAGUCCAGUAAGUUACCUGAUAAUAUAGCAGGUACCUUCUCUGGAAUUGCUGAGAAGUUGCAGCAUUUCAAAGAUCUUGGCAUGAAUGCAAUCUUAUUAGAACCAAUCUUUCCUUUCGAUGUGCAGAAAGGACCGUACUUCCCUUUGCAUUUCUUUUCACCAAGUAACCAAUACGGACCUUCUGAUAGCCCCGUGUCUGCUAUAAAUUCAAUGAAGGAGAUGGUGAAGAGAUUGCAUGCCAAUGGGAUAGAGGUUUUCCUAGAAGUUGUUUUCACCCGUACUGCUGAGGGUGCAGCAUUGGUAGAAAUUGAUGACUUUUCCUACUAUUAUGGCAAAGCGGGCAAGGAUUUAGGAACUAGAAAUUCUUUGAAUUGCAAUUACCCCAUUGUGCACCAAAUGAUUUUGGAUAGUCUUCGGCAUUGGGUGGUUGAGUUCCACAUUGAUGGCUUUUGUUUUAUAGAUGCUUCAUCUCUAUUGAGAGGGUCCCAUGGUGAGUAUCUGUCCCGCCCUCUUUUGGUUGAAGCAAUUGCUUUUGAUCCAAUACUUUCAAAAACCAAGAUAAUUGCGGAUUCUUGGGACCUGCAUCACAUGGUUCCAAAGGAAAUUCGAUUCCCUCACUGGAAGAGAUGGGCAGAAAUAAAUGUAAAAUUUUGCAACGAUGUGAGGAACUUUUUGAGGGGUGAGGGUCUUAUUAGCAACCUUGCAACGCGACUUUGUGGGAGUGGGGAUAUCUUUUUGGGAGGACGUGGCCCAGCAUUCUCUUUCAAUUUUAUUGCCAGAAACUUUGGACUCCCUCUUGUGGACUUAGUCAGCUUCAGUAGCAGUGAGCUAACUUCACAAUUAAGUUGGAAUUGUGGGGUAGAAGGCCCUACAAAUAAAACUGUUGUCCUUGAAAGACGGCUCAAACAAACCCGGAAUUUUCUCUUCAUCUUGUUUAUCUCUCUGGGUGUGCCAAUCCUCAACAUGGGAGAUGAGUGUGGCCAAUCUUCUGGGGGUUCCCCUGCAUAUGAUGACCGAAAAGCUUUCAAUUGGACUGCUCUAGAAACUGGCUUUGGCAUUCAGACCAGAGAGUUUAUUUCAUUUUUGACUUCAUUACGAAUCAGGAGAAGUGAUCUUCUUCAGAAGAGAAACUUCUUGAAAGAAGAGAAUAUUGAGUGGCAUGGAAGUCAUCAGUCCCCCCCGGAAUGGAAUGAUCCGUCCAGCAAAUUUCUAGCCACGACUUUGAAGGCUGUUGCAGAUGAUAGCGAGACGAGCUCUGAAUCUUCUCAUGUUGUGUUUACUGACUUGUUUGUUGCCUUCAAUGCUGCCGAUCAUUCACAGAGUAUUAAUUUACCCCCACCUCCGGCAGAGAUGGCAUGGCUUCGUUUGGUUGAUACAGCUCUUCCAUAUCCAGGAUUUUUCUCUGCAGAUGGAGAUUCUAUCCUUGAGCAGAUGGCUGGAUUACUCACUUAUGAAAUGACGUCUCAUAGCUGUGUUCUUUUUGAAGCCAGGAGCCAGAGUGGUUGAAAUCACUUUGAGAAUCCCCCCCCCCCCC